AUGGGACCGUCGUGUAAGAAUUUUCUCAUAAACGAUGUUGAAAGUUCCAACGGAGAAAAACUUGCAUUUCAUUAUAUCGUUCAAAAUGGCCUUCUAAACACGUCCCCCGGACAAAACUCGUCUUUCUCUUCUGAGACAGACAUCAUAGAUCCUUCACGGACCUCGUCUUCAACCAAACUCUCCUCUCUUCUUCCUUCAGAGUCUCCUGCCCCAGGACCUCUGAACUUCUGCAACGCAUCGCGUAGCUCAAGUUCCCCGAACAACAUUACCUCGUUCGACGUCACGUCGUUCAACACGGAUAACUACCAGCAACAAUGGCUUCCAACACCCCCGCCCCCACAGCCCUUGGCUCAGAUUUCGAAUUGCAACGACAAGAUCGACAGCAACAGCUCUCCACAGGAGGACUUCGUUCUAUAUCCCCCGUGUCCCCAGCCUUCUCCCAGGGACUCGCGUGCGCCAGCACCCUCCAGUACUACCCCUAGACUAGCUGCCUAUCAUCCAUUUCUGGUUCGUUCCGGGCACCUUUCUCGCCGACAUUCUAUUGGUCUGCAGCAACAGCAGCAGUUUGCCAGUUCGCCUGUUCAGGUACCCCGUGUGGCCAGACUUGCCUCGCAGUCUGCCGGGUUUCAUCUGUCUUCGUCUCAUCGGUCUAGUCUCUCCAGUCGGAAGAACCUCUUGCGUCUUCACGCCGCUUCUGUGGCUUCGAAUUCUGCGCCGAAUUCCGCCUCGUCUUAUCGCCCACCCGUCCCUCCGUUCAAUAGUCCUACCCAUCUUUCGUCUUAUCAGAAACAGCAGUUACAAUCGUCCUAUCAUCGUCGUAUGAUGUCUGCUCCCAACAUGGCUCAGGAUCUUCCCGAUCUCUUUGACCUCCCCUCCGAUCAAUUUGGGAGCGACUUCGAUCUUUCCAUGCUGUCGCCUCAGCAGAUCCCCACUGGGAUCAUGGGAUCCAAAGACCCCAUGACGGAUGUUCCUUCGGGUACCAUCUCUCCGAAGGAUCUGUUGAUGGAUGCUUCGGCGCCCCCGUCGACUUCCUUUACUGAUCUCAGCACACCCUCAUUCGAAUCGCCAGGUUACUUUAGUCAAGAUACUUCCCCCAUGUUCGCCACGGACAUGGAACUAGUCCCCGGCCAUGAGGAGUGGGAUUCGCUCUUCCCCCCUCAGGACGCAUUCUCCGUCGCUUUCGACUCGACAAGUUUAGAAAUCUCUACACUUCCCUCUAAGAAGACGGAGGAGUCGUCGCCUCCCUCGCCGAGGGUACGUUCGACGGUUUCUCGUGCUCCAUCGCCAUCUUCCAAGGCAGCAACCAAGCCCUCCACUGUUGCCGGUGUCAAUGCGCGUCAGCGCAAGCCACUCCCUCCGAUCAAAUUCAACUCGGACGACCCUGUGGCAUUGAAGCGAGCUCGCAAUACUGAGGCUGCACGUAAGUCUCGUGCUCGCAAGCUGGAGCGGCAAGAUGAGAUGGAGCGCCGCAUCGCUGAGCUGGAGAAAUCUUUGGAAGAAGCGCAGCAGCGUGAGCAGUACUGGAAGGCUUUGGCCCAAGCGCAAAGCAACGCUUAA